AGAAAAGAAAAAAUAAAGAGAUGACCUUUGACUGCGCUAUAUUACCAUUUACCAAGAAAUUAGAAUACUGAGUUCUCCCACCACCAUAUAUAUGCGCUUCUUCUCUUUGCACGAAUGAAUGAAUUAAUGGUUCCCUUCUUCUUCCUCUUCCUCUCCCUACUUCAUUUCCUCUCUCCCGUAUUCUCCGACGACCGCCUCGCCCUCCUCCGCCUUCAAUCCGCCGUCCGCGGCCGCACUCUCCAAUGGAACACCACCUCCGCCACCCCAUGCUCCUGGGAAGGCGUCAAAUGCGACACCACCACCAACCGCGUCGUAUCCCUCCGCCUCCCCGGCGACGGCCUCACCGGCCAGCUCCCGCAGUACUCCAUCGGAAACCUAACCGAACUGAGAGCCCUCAGCCUCAGGGACAACUCCCUCUCCGGCCCCAUCCCUUCCGACUUGUCCUCGUGCACCCAUCUCCAGGACCUCCACCUCCAAGGAAACAACCUCUCCGGCGAAAUUCCGACCGGCUUCUUCGCCCUGACGGAACUCGCACGCGUCAAUUUGGCGGGAAACAGCUUUUCCGGCGCUCUGUCGCCGUCAGGGUUCAACGGCCUGACCAAGCUGACAACCUUGUACUUGGAGAACAAUCAAUUCGCAGGGCCACUUCCAGAUCUGAACCGCCUCCUCCAUCUUACGAAUUUCAACGUUUCGUUUAACGGAUUACUGACCGGUUCGAUUCCGUCGAGCUUAGGCACUACUCAUUCUUCUCGGUCUUUUCUCGGAACCUCUCUCUGCGGCGGACCACUUGUUCCUUGUUCCAAUAGUAGUAGUAAUAAUAAUAAUAAUAAUAAUCUUUCCGGCGGAGCAAUAGCCGGAAUAGCAAUAGGAUCAAUGGUGGUUUUAGUUUUAGUUCUUGUACUUAUAUUCAUCUCAUGGAGAAAAUACACAACAAUUAAUGGAACAAGCCCUUCUGAGAUGACGAGUAAAGGGUCACCGUUGCCGUUUUCUCCGGUGAAGCCGCCCGAGCGGCAGAGUUGGAAUGUCCCUCAGUCGUCAUCUAUUGUAGUGAUAGAAGAAGACAGCCGGUCGGACAGUAGUUUCUCGAGCGAUAUACGAGCGAAGGAGAGAUUGAGGGCGGCAAUCAAGAAUGGCGGGAAUGAUGGUUUGGUGUUUUUCGGUGAAGAGGAUGGGUUCGAAGGUUUCGGGUUACAGGAGCUGCUGAGGGCGUCGGCUCAGGUGAUGGGGAAGGGGACGGUUGGAUCGACUUACAAGGCGUAUUUGGACAGCGGGGUUGAAGUUAUUGUGAAGAGGUUGAAAAGUGUUUCUGUUUCGGAGAAAGAGUUUAAGGAUAAAAUGGAGGAGUUUGCAUCUUUGGUGCAUGAGAAUUUGGAGCCUCUUAGAGGUUACUUUUAUGGUAGAGAUGAGAAGCUUCUUAUAUAUGAUCCCUUGUCGAAUGGAAGCUUGUCCUCGAUUCUCCACGGCAGCAACAAGCGACGACUCUCGUGGGAAACGAGGGCCAAAAUAGCACUUGGAGCUGCAAGCGGAAUCAACUACCUCCACUCGGUAAACUCUCAAACUGCACACGGCAACAUCAACUCGUCCAACGUGUUCCUCACCGACAACUUGGAAGCACGUGUCUCCGAGUUUGGCCUAACGGAGCUCGUGUCCUCUGUUCCAAACUCGAAUGGCUACCCAGCCCCGGAAGUGAACGAUUCUCGCAAGAUUUCACAAAAGGCCGAUGUGUACAGCUUCGGGAUCGUGCUCUUGGAAUUGCUCACCGGAAAGGCACCCGACCAUGUUUUGACCGAAGAAGGGAUCGAACUUCCCAAUUGGGUCAAUUCGGUUGUUCAGGAGAAGUGGACUAUUCAAGUGUUUGAUCCGGAUUUGUUAGUUGAGUACGAAAAUCUUGAUGAGAAAAUGGUGCAUUUAUUGCAUAUCGCGAUUACGUGCACUGCUCUGCUUCCCGAUAAGAGACCGUCCAUGCUGGAGGUUACGCAACGCAUCCGUGAAAUUUGUGGUUGAUAAUUUUUUUUUUAAUCCUGUCUAGUGAAAUAACAAGUUAUGAGCUUUUAAUUUCCUUUUUUUUUUCGUUGUUCACUUUCGGUUUAAGGGUUGAUUAUUAGGUUGAUUUUAUUGUA